GCCCGCUGCCGCACAUGGUCUGGCUCAACGCCAUCCGGCUCAACGUCAGCGCCAUCGAGGCCGUCGUCAAGGUGGACGACACAGUCGACGGCAUCCGCGAGGGCCUGGCCGCCGGCUGCUGGACCGUCGGCGUCGUCAAAACCGGUAACUACGUGGGCGCGUCGGCGCCACAGCUGGCUGUGAUGCCGCAGCCGGAGCUGAAGCGGAGGAUGGCGCGAGGCUAUGAAAUCAUGACCGACUGCGGCUGCCAUUACGUCAUUGACGCUGUGGCAGACCUGCUGCCCGUCAUCGAUGACAUCGAGCGCCGCCUGGCGGCCGGCGAGAAGCCCUGAGGGCGAACCCCGACUCUGGUCGCAGUGUAAUCAGCGUCGGCCAGGUGCCAUGGUGCUGCCUCUGAUGAGAAACUCUAGUGCUGGGCCGAUAGGAAUCCGAAUCAUCAACCACCAGGAAACCAAUAAAAAGACGCUGAAAACAAUGCGUUUAACUUGGAACCAUAACUGCGCUGACAACGAAUCAGUUCGUCUUUGACGUCAUAGUAGCCGCUGUCGUCAUGCAGGGAGCUUUCCUUUUUCGGUUUUGGCCGCUAGAUUUUCAGUGGCUUACCCGUUCGUCCCUGUGAAGUACUGCACAUGAAUGCCUGUCUGAUGAUGCCAGAAUGCCGUCACCAACAUAAGCAGUUUGACACGUGUAGCUGUCUUUGCAACGCAAGCGGCAACGGUGAACAGGCUUUUCAAGCUACGAAUUUGCGACUGUCUCGUUGUAGGAGUUGAUUUAAGGCUUAGUGGGCCAGGGCUUUGUGUAGAAAAUAGACAGUCUGAAGAAAUGUCGGUUAGU